UCGUUGGGCGUGUGUGCGUUGUCAGUGUGCCCAUUGAGCGAGUGUGUCGCCGUCGGGUGUGCGUGCGUGGGUGUGUGUGUGUGUGUGUGUGUGAUCGCGCGCGCGCCGGCGUGUGCGAGUGUUUCCUUAUCCGCCGGCCGACGACGUGACGACGACGUCGACGCCGCCGUUCAGCACGACGACGACGACGACGACGACCGCGACCGCAGACGACCCGACGGCGAUUAUUGUUAUUAUUAUUAUUAUUAUUAUUACUAUUAUUUAUUUAUCGCGAUAACGAUUCGGGCCGGUUAAGUCCGUGUAAAAAAAAAAAAAAUAAAAAAAAAAACGCUUCCGAUCGCCGUCGGUCAUCGUCGUUCGUGUGGUUUUUUUUUGUUUUUUACCUAUUCACCAUCGUUCACCAACGGCGACGGCUAUCCACCCGCCGCUCACCUCUUCCGCUUCGACCGCCGCCAGAAGAGGGUUUUCGAUAUCCCCGAAGAACCGAUGCUCGAGGCACUCACUGACGACCUUACUACAGCACGCCUGGUGCCUAGUACUUCUUCUUCUUCUACCGCAGUCGCCGUCUACUAAAACAUAGAGGUACCUCUCUAUAGCGGCACGAGUCGUCGUCAUCCAUAAAUCUAAUCAAGCAAUAUCGUCCCAUGGUCACAGCUAUGUCUGGUACGAACAACGGACACUACACACUGGAGGAACACAUUGUCCCGAUUCGCAACAAGUCCGCUCUGUACACGCAUGUGUGUAGAUAAUAAGCGGUAGAAAGUUGUCGUCUGCUCGCUGCAGCCGUCUUACCAGUCGACCAUAUCGAUUGAUAUUUCCUGUUUAGAAGUUUCCUAAAAGCCGUUUGAAUGCAAGUUGCAACGGUAAUGCAUCCCAUGCAACAUGCUGGAGGAGUGGCAACCUAUUAUGCUACUCCUAGGCCAACUCAUCCACACUACUCAAGUGUAAACUACCACGAUUACAACGCAUCCUAUUCCAAGCGCGCACAGUUGGGUUGUGGUUAUAACACUGCUGGCGGUAACCAAGGUUUAACCAACACGACCUUUGGUGGAAAAUCGGGCACGGUACCUGGCCAUCACAGUGGCCCGCCCGGUAUGACCGGCAACUAUGCUAGUGGCGCCCCUACACAAUACCAUCACAGAGCGACGACCGGCUGGAACUCGGCUCCCUUACCUGCCCAACAGUAUCGAUACGGAACCGGUCCAGUAACGCAGACCACCAUGUCGCCGUACACGUCCUACAACCCCAAUCCGACAACCUACACCAACAGCAACAACAGGAUACCUACGGCCUCUUCACCGGCCAACACUAACAACAGCAGCUCGAGCUCCAACACCAACGGUGGAGCUUCGUUGCAAUCGUCUAACCAGCCGACCACCAGUUCGCCGUCGUCAGAAUGUCAAUCGGCCCCACCGGCACAGCAACUGUCCAAGACCAACCUUUACAUACGCGGAUUGAACCAAAACACAAUGGACAAGGAUUUGAUCACCAUGUGUUCACAAUACGGCAACAUUGUUUCAACUAAAGCAAUCUUGGACAAGAACACCAACAAGUGUUACGGAUUUGUGGACUUCGAGUCUGGCUCGUGCGCUGACGCCGCGGUCAAAGGUCUGCAAGCAAAAGGUGUCCAAGCCCAAAUGGCUAAAGUGGGUAUUCCAGUUCAACGUAGAGCGGCCACUCAGCAAGAACAAGAUCCUACAAACUUAUAUAUAGCCAACUUGCCACCGAAUUUCAAAGAGAAUGAUUUGGAUACGCUAUUAUCGAAGUUUGGUCAGGUAGUAUCAACUAGGAUUUUACGUGAUACAAAUAUGGUCAGCAAAGGAGUCGGAUUUGCUAGAAUGGACUCCAAGGAAAAAUGUGAACAAAUCAUUCAAAUGUUCAACGGCAAUCCAUUGCCAGGAUCUAAAGAACCAUUGUUAGUCAAAUUCGCUGACAGUGGUCAAAAGAAGAGAAACCCUAGCUAUAGAUCAGAUUCUCGUUUAUGGAGAGAAUCGGAGAACGGCGGAUGUAUGCGAUUUCCGGUACAGCACUAUAUGUUGCAGGGCUCACACGUCGGGUACGAAGCGACCCACAACGGUCUGACCGGCUCGGCUGGCUCGCACGUCAUACCGGCCACGGCACUUGCGCAGUACGUCGGCCGGCACUACACCACGCAGGCGUUGCCUGCCCACGGAUACUCAAUCCCGGCGUCCACGUGGCUGCCUCAAUACGUGAUGCAGCCCGCUCCGCCACACCACCUGGCCCAAAUAGACACUCCUGUAUGUUGUCAGAUGAUUCAGCAAGCUGAUCCUGGAUCCGUUCAAUACGGUUCAGUUAUACCGCAACUCGCCACACAUAUGUCUGCUUUACAGAUCGGAAACGGAUCAUACGUGGCCGGCCCACACCCAGGUUAUCCGUACUACACAAGCACUGCACCAAACAUAAUUCACACGGUUCCAAUUCCAUCUGAAGAACAUCCAUCAACAGCGGCGUCACCCGAUGACUCCUAUCAACAUUUCACGCACAAAUAAACAAUAAACACCAUGCUAAACCAACCAAAAUCGAUAAAAUAUAGUAGGUAACAUCUCUUCUUAUUCCCCGACGCCCCAAGCUGUUUUUUUUUGUUUAAAUGUUUUUUUUUUUUUUUUUUUUUUAUUAGUUAUCUUGGCCAUUUCAAAAUUUAGUUAAAUUUGUUUAGUACUAAAAAAUAAGAAAAGCUUGGUGAAUAUUUGUAAAUAUUUAACCAGAAGUUGUACAAAAAUAAUAGAAACUAUUAGUCACCUUGUUGAACUCCGUUGGGAAAAUAGGUUUUAAAAACAUCGUUAUCAGCGCAGAGUAACAGGUUAACAGUAUAAUAUUUUAGACAAACAUAAAUUUUAGUUCAAUACAAAUUUAGCUCAAUUGCGGUUUUAUGUAGAGUAAUUAUUUUUAUUUCAUUAUUAUAGUAGGCACUUGUUUCAUCUGCCAUUCCCUCCAAACAAGUCUUCCCGAGUCUUGUUUUGUAAAUUCCAAAUUGAUUAUUUUGCCCAAUGCUAUUUUUUUUCGGACUCUUGACAGCAUGUCAUUUAUUUUGACAUGUAAUAGUUUUAAACAACGCAUGUUAUCGUUUCACGAUUUAUUUACUCCGAGUUAGUUAUUUUUACUGGAAAAACAUUAAAUUUAUUUUAAUCACUCCAUCGUUUAGACGUAAAAACAUAAAAACGGUUUUAUGUCUAAAUUUUGCAGUUUUUAAUAAUUUAUUUUUAGAGUUAUUACAGUAAUAUUUACUGAACGUUAUAUUCUUAAAAUGAAACGAGAAUACGUGUCUUUAUUAUAUGUAUUUUAAACGAUUAUCGAAAAAAUUAAUAGCAGAUUCAUACGGUCCAAAAAAUAUGUACUUAUUUAUCAAUUUGUUAAAUUUGACAUUCGGCAUAAUGUCGACUAAAUUUACAGCAAUGAGUUAAAAAAAACCAUUCAUUAAUAUCCAUAAUUUUGGUCCUAACAAUAUUUUUUUUUGUAAAUUUUAAAUUAUUUUUGUUUAAAACAUGUUCAUUGAAAUUAUUAUUUAUUUUUUUGUUGUGGAAAUUAAUUUUUCGAUUUUUUAAAAAAAUGUGUAUAAAGUUAAAAUUGUUUUGAGUUAUAAUUUUGUUUGUCGUUUGCGAUACCGUUUAUUUCUUGAAAUUUAAAAUUUGAAAGUUAUGUUUAUUUUAAGGGUUGUCCUUUUAAGUGUAUAACUGUUACACCUGUUGGCAACUAAACAUAAAAAUUAAAAAAAAAUUAAAGUUGAGCCUCCGAUGUAUGUAAUUUUAAUUCAGUAAUAUGAAAUUCGUAAUACCUAAUACGCAUUGCCGUUGACGACGUUGACGCAUCCGGAAGUCAACUAUCGUGUUACAAAUACAAUUCAUAGACGAAAUUAUUACGUGAAUAAUAAAUAUAAAAAUAAUAAUAAAAAGUUUAGGUUUAAGUUUAUUCAUUAAGUUAUUGAUAUAUUUAACAAUAAUAUUUUUGUUUAAUAAGUAUAGUAUAGUUAUGUAGCCUAAUAUAAGUUUAAAUGUAAUUUAUUGUCGCCUUGACGACCACUCCUCCCCCCCACCCCUCCCCGUAGUAUAACCAUCCAUUUUAUAUCCGUGUGACUGAAUUUUUUUUUUUUUGGUAAAUUUGUCUCCUUGAAAUUCUGUGAUACAUGUGUUAGUACAUGUCAGCGGUUAAUAGUCACUAUAAUGUUUUGUACCGUUUGAAAAAAUUUAUCUUUAAAACGAUACAUUUCAAGUUUUUAUUUUAAAUUUAUAAAAAAAUUAAAGAAUGUUUAUUUUUUUACCUUGAUGACUUAGGUACGUAUUUUUAAAAGAAAAAAGAAAAGAGUUAUUUUUGUUUUUAUUAUUUUCAUAUUUUAUUAAUUUGUUUUUUUUUUAAAUUUCUUCUAUAGUAAUUAUAACGACUGAUUUCGUCGUAUUUUAUUUGGCCAAUGGUUAUAACAUUAUAAAAGUAUAUAAAACAUAAUGUGAUUUUUUUCGUUAUUCAUCUAAACUAUUAUGAUUUUGACAACAAUAGUCAUAGUUAGGCAUAGUUGUACUAAUAAUAAUAUGUGUGUGAGCUGGCUAGAAAAAUAAAAAUAUUUAAUUAGUCAUUAUAUUUCAUUCGAUGGGGAUACGUAAUUUUUAGCACCGAUCAAUGAUAAUAAUUAACAUAAAAAAUGGUAAUAUUUAACUGAAUAUUUUCUCAAACACUGUCCCUUCCAUUAAAUCGAUCAGAACCCGUACACGAAUAUCGACUCAUAUUAUACUAUAAAAUUUGGGUCGCAAAAUGUAUAUUUUUUAUAUAUUUUUUUUAAACCAAACCGCAGCGUAAACAAUAAUUAUCGGUAUAUUGUUUUGAGAAAUUGGUUCUUACCCUCUUCCCCAACUAGUGACUUUUUCAUGCCUUAUCAGCUUUUUAACAUCGUCCACCGUGUACAAACCGAAACUCCGAAGUCCCCUGACGACGACUCCGACGACAGUGGCGCUACUACCACAGUUCAUGUAAACAUAUUAUAAAGUUACAAUAACGUUUCAUUUUUAUUUCUCUACGACUUUCUCACCUCUCUCCACGACGCAUUAGUCAAGUCGAUAUAUUUUUUAAUUUAAACAUUGUGUAUAAUAUAUAUAUAUAUGAAACGUAUGUGUGUAUAUAUAAGAAUAUUUUGAAAAAAAUACCAAUUAUUGUCCGGCAAUUGUGAUUAUUGUUUAAAUAAUAUACGUCUGCUCCAUUAAUCCCAAAGAUAUUGUAGUAAUACCGCUGAGACCGUGCCUCGGUGCUCAUUUAAAGGCGGUACUAAAAACAAGUAUGUUAGGUUUAUUUAUAUUUUUUUUGUCUUUUGUUUUUUUCUCUCUUUCCUUAUUUUUGUCAUGAGUUAUAUAAAUUAUUAUAGUUUUAUUUUUUGUUUUUCGUUUUUUUUUUUUUUUUUAUUAUUAUUAUUAUUUUUGAUGAAUUUAUACAAUUUAUAUGAUACAAUUUAAUUAUGUGUAAAUACGUUUUCAAAGCAAAAUUUUAAAGAAAUUUAGACGAUGCCAUUCUAAUAGUAACGCCUCCUAUAAUAAUCAUAUUAGUGCAAUAUUAAUUUGACUGUAUUUCAUUCAUAUUGUAGCUUAUUAUUUAUUUAUUUUUGUUUACCUACGAUGAUUAGAAAAUUGUCUUACUUCAUUCGAAAAACGAUUUUCUUAGGGAAUUUCUGGGUUAACUAUGAAAUGAAAUUGUAUAUAUAUACGACUGUUCAAAUUUUACAGGGGUAUUUUUGUAUUCUGUCCCAUAAAAAAAAAAUUAAUAAAAAUGUAAUAAUAAGACUUGGUUUCGCCUAAGCGCCUUUGUCUGAAUAAAACGUAUACAGUUUUAAAUGUGAUAUUUAGCACAUCGGUGUCUUCCCAGGACGCUAUUUGCACAUAAUUAUUUGUGCUAAAGACAAAAUGAAAAUAUCGAUAAAAAAAAGUAAAUAAUUUUCCGUGAGUUCCGGAAUUUCUUACGAUCAAUUUAUUACGUGCCUACUAGUUUUCCGCUCACACGAUAUAAUGUAGAGGUACGUCCACAGUAGACCGGACGACAUUAAAUCGAAGUUAAAAUCAAAUAGGUAGUAAUAAAAAUAAAAAUAAAUAUAUUAAAAAAUCAUGGUCUACGCCCGCGCCAAAUAUGUUAACAUUUCAGAUUCACGUACGAUAUACGAAUGCUCGUAUGUAUAUUAUAAUAAUAUUUUAUAAAUCUGAUGCGUUUUUCGACGUUCCUAUUAAAUGGUUGCACGUCAUAAUAUUCUGUAUAUGUAGAUCCUUUUCUGUUUAUUAAUUAAUAUUUUUUUUAAACGUCUUUUGGCCAACGACGUAUUAUUAUUGUCGUAAUAUGUAGCUAAACGUAACGUCGAUAAUAACGCCUCAGAAUAUAAUAAAAAUUAUAAUGUACGUAUGUGUAUAGUAUGUGUACAACAUUUCAACAAAAGCAUAUAAAAUAUUAUAUAAAUCGUAUUACCUACGUUUAAUAAUAUGAUAACAGUUCGUACGUUAUAAUAUGUAACGACUUAUUUUUAGUAUGUAAGUUUAAGUGUUAUUAUUAUGAUAAUGAUAAUGAUAUUAUGUUAACAUUAAUUAAAAGUCUAAUACUAAAUUCAUUUUUUUUCUGUAGCGUACUGCGCGUACGCUACACACGAUUAGCCUAUAAAUAUUAUUAUAAUAUUAAGAGAUAAAUGAAAAUUGAUAAAAAGGACGAUUGUUCAAAUGUUGUUUUGUCAAAGCUGUCUUAAACAUGGCUUGUCAUUAUUUUUGUUUCCAAAAAAAAAAAAAAAAAAAACAAUUUAGCUUAGCUUUAGUGUGUUAAGAUUUUUUUUUUUUGCUUUUAAAUGUACGUCUUAAUUUAUAUUUAAGUUUAGUGAUAACGAUAAUAAUUUUAAUAAACAAAAAAAACUUGUAUCGAAAAAAAGUUUAAAAAGGAAAAAAUAAUAUUAAUAUAACGUCGAAAGGAGAAAUAAUAAGUAAUAUAGUACAUAAUAAUAUAAUAUAUAUUAAGUAUGUGCGAACAAGAUGUUUGUACGUUGUGAUUGAGACUGCUGGUCCCCCCUCCCUAAAAUCGGUGGGUAAAGUUGCGUUAAAAGAUGAUAAUAAUUAUAAUAAAAACAUAAAAAAUUAAUGUGGAAAAAACAAGAGUCACCCAAAACAACUGGUACUCUCGGCUUAACUCAUUUAUAUCACCCGGUGUCUUGUAUUAUUAAUUGUGACUGAUCAUUGUUAUGUAGAAGGCCUUAGUUAUUAAGUCUUGCCGUAAUAUUUAUGUGUAUAGUUUAAUGAUUUCUCCUUAUAUGAUUUUUUUUUCUCCUUUCUGAUUUCGCCGAGUUAAAAAAUUAAUUAUUAUGAAUUAUUUAUUGAUAUUAUUUAAUAUUAUACGUACUAUAUAAUUUUUUUCUUUUAUCUAAUUUAUUUAUUUAUUUUACUAUUAUUUUUUUUUUUUUGUAUAUUAUUGAACAAUUCUAUUUAAUAUUAUGUCUCAUUUAAAUGUAGGUUUCGUUUGUUCAUUUUUUUUUUUUUUUUUUUUGUUUUGUUUGUAUUGGGUUUGAUAAAUUUUGGCGUUGUUGCAUUUUAAGAAUAGGUUAUAUAUAAUUAUUAAGUUUUUUUUCAUAGACUAAGACUACUAUUUGCGUGAUUGUGAAAAGAAAAUAAAAACAACAAAAAAAUUAAUAAAAACUAAAGUUAUUACGAAA